GCUGUGCAGAUCGCCGCCGACCAGCUUCCGGAUUCAAACCAAGGAUCGGGCCCCUGGGGCCCCGGGCGCCCGCCCCUACCGCCCGGGCCGGCGCUGGAUGGAUCUGAACCUCUACCUGGGCCUACCUCCGCUGCCGCGGCCUCCAGGCCGGCUGGGCGCAGCCAUGGAUUGCCCGGCGCCAGCGGGCAGCCCCGUUCCAACACCGGAGGACGAGCCCGCGGCAGGAUCGCCGCCGCCCGACGAGAUACCGCCGCCGCCGCCGCCGCUGCCCGCGGCAUACUCGCCGUCCAACGCGCUCUCCACGCCGGAGAUGCCGCCGAUCGACCCCAUCCUCGUCGACUGGCUCGACGGCCCGAGCACAGACGACAGCGAGGAUUACGCUGGUGACCCCGCCGUGCCUACCGAUUUAUCCUCAGAAUCAGAUGAUGGCCUCGGUACGGGCAGCGAAGACGCUCUCGAUGCUGGCGAACCGGCUCUGCCUUCUGAUGCGUCCUCGGACGAUGGCCUGAGUUCCGACAGCGAGUAUUAUGUGCUGCUGCCGAAUUUGGUCAUCCCGGAAAUCUCAACCGAGGAUGAUGAGCCAGCGGGAUUGCUGGCGGCACAAGAGGAGGUGCUGCGACUUGACGAGGUAGACUCGCCGGAUUCAUGGGGGGUUGAUUUUCCUAUGAUUUUUGCUCAGCAUGAUGGCCUGGGUACAGACAGCGAAGAGGGUCUUGAUGCCGGUGAACCGGCUGUGGGGUUUGAUGCAUCCUCGCACGAUGCCAAUGCCUCUCCGCCACCGCCGCAGCAGCUGCCCCUUGCUGGGUUGGAAGGAGUUCGGCUUGAGUGGGUGGAAAGGCUCUCACGCCCUGAUCGGGCGGCUCCUGCCGCCAGAGCGGAGAUGGUUAGCACGAGGCAGUCUGUCGGGGGUGCGAUUGAGGACACGACGCAUGAGCUCCGCCUGCAGAGGGUGAUCCAGGUGAGUGAGCAGCACCACAUUGUGCGGCCAGGGCCAGCGAGCCGCAGCCAGCGGGCGACCAGUCCGGAUGCCGAAAGACUGGCGCAGGCCAUCCAGCGGUCUCAUAACUCUCUGGAUGCAUCAAGGCGGCAGAAUCUCGAUGCCAAUGGCAAGGUGGGAGGAAAGGGUGCUGUCAAGAACGAUGGGAACUACUGCGGAUGCGACGCCAGUUUCGAGUGCAAUAUCUGUCUUGAUGCAGCUAGAGAGCCCGUGGUUACACCGUGUGGCCACCUCUUCUGCUGGCCAUGCUUGUAUCAGUGGCUCCAUGCACAUUCAACCCGCUCGGAGUGCCCUGUCUGCAAGGGGGAGGUGCUCGAAGUGAACGUCACACCGAUUUAUGGAAGAGGAGGUGGCGAACGGGAUGCUUCCAGCAGUCGUGUCCCUCCCAGGCCGAGCGCCAACAGGAGUGAGAGCUUGAGGCAGGAGCUGCAGAUGCCAGAUCCGAGAGGCAUUGUGAGCAUGGUGAGGCAGGAGCUGCAGAUGCCAGAUCGGAGAGGCAUUGCGAGCAUGGUGAGGCAGUCGAUAGAAAACCAGGAUCAGUUGAGAGGCCAGGCAGCUCCACCUGUAGGCGAUGUUGAGGUGGCCGUGCUUCCUGAAGGCGGGACAAGGGUUGCCAGGACUGUGCGUCGGAGAGCUUCACCUAGUCUUGCUUCACUCUCCCCAUUAACAAUGCGGCAUGUGCGGCGCAACGCUGCCCCUGAGAGUGGCAAUCCGGUCGAACCGCCGUCUUCUAAUUCUGAUAAUGCUGCAACAACAGUUCCUCAGCAGUCGUCGUCUGUGGAGCAGGCGUCGACAUCUAGCACGGUGGCUGUUAUAGUGGGGCAGGCAGCCCAAAGUAGGAGGUCCAGGCCGCCUUCGGAGUCCACAACCACAAGAAGAACGAGGAGGAGGCAGCAGCACUAGGUAUAUGUGGUGCCUGCCAUUUUGUUUAAUAAAUCUAUGUAUCAUGCCCUGUUUUUACCACUCCGAACAUGUCAACAUUAUGUAAGGUAGGGCAGUAGGAAUGUGUAUAUUCUGCUUUGCUCAUGUAUGUACCUUCUUCCUGGGAAAAGGAAUCGAACUCA